AUGCUACCCUCACUACUAGGCGACUUGGCAGCCUUCCUGCAUCUGGUCACACACCGGCCGCAAAGCAAGCUGCUAUGGUUCUCUACCUUGGUCUCGUACGUCUACAACAUCGUCGCCGACCGGAUCGGAGACGACAUCAUCCUCAUCUACCUCCGUGACUCGGUUGCUCCGUCCACCGGUCUACCAGUUAUGCUACUCUGGAGAGUCUACAGGUUCUGGAGUCUGAGGACGAUGCUUUUCUUGCUGCUGCUCCUGCCUGUCAUGGAGUUCGCUUGGUACUUCGGUCGUGAGAAUCCCGCCCGGCGCGGGUUUCUCUACCGAUGCAUGGGGUUCUGCGUGGUGAAGGCAUGCCGCGGUGCGAUGUCCGGAGGCCUUACGAUUCUUGCCGCAGCCGCCCUCGGACGCCAUGGUUACCUCGAUGGCAUGUCGGCUUUGAGGGUUCGUAUUCUGGGAAUGUUCUUCACCGUUCUGCUCGAUGAUCUCGUCAUGUGGCCGACCAUGACGUGGAUCAUGCGUUCGCGAAACGACUACUCGUCAUUUGCGGUGGCUCAGCUUGUGGACGAAGUCGUCGAGUAUCUGCCGACACUCGCGCGAGAGGCCAUCCCGCCCGAGGAGGUGUGCACUAUCUGCUACCAGACGCUGGAGGACAUUCACCACGGCCGGGUGGUGAACGACGACGGCACGCCAACUAGCGAGCCUGUUCCUGUCAAGAGCCGGCGCGUCACGAAACUGAAUUGCGGACAUUUCUUCUGCAAGCCGUGUAUUCGUGAAUGGAUCCGUCGUGGGCAUGGGUCAUGCCCCGUGUGCCGCGGGUGGUUCGUCGACAUCGUGCCGUCUCCUAAACAAAUGACCUCGGGCAGGAUCAACGACCAGCGCCCAGCGCAUGAUGUCCCGCGCCGCGGUCCAGGGCCCGUCCGCACUACUAUCGAGGCCAGCCAGGGCACUCGUGCCACGAACGACGCCGCCGUCGAUGAGCCGACGGUAGUCAGGUCGGUCGAGGUGACGCAGCAACCCGCUCAGCCAGCGGUGACGCACAGCGACCCGCUUGACGAGGCUAUCAGGUUGGAGAAGCUGAAGUUGCUCGACUUCCUGCGGAAGGCGAACAGGCGAAUGGAACAGCUGCAAGACCAGCUGAAGAUCGUCGAAGAGAUGAGCAGCGUGGUCAGCGAGUUCCAGCGGGGUGGAGAAGGGGAAGCAACGGGAGCAGGCGCGGGACGCGGCUCAGGCUCUUGA